CAUAUAUAAAAAAUGCAAGCCAUUAAAUUAGUAGUUGUUGGUGAUGGUGCUGUUGGUAAAAGUUGUUUAUUAAUUGCAUAUACAACAAAUGCAUUCCCAGGUGAAUAUGUACCAACAGUAUUUGAUAAUUAUUCUGCAAAUGUAAUGAUUAGUGGUAAGCCAUAUAAUUUAGGAUUAUGGGACACAGCAGGUCAAGAAGAUUAUGAUAGACUCCGUCCAUUAUCAUAUCCACAAACAGAUGUUUUCUUAAUUUGUUUCAGUAUUAUAUCAAGAGCCAGUUUUCAAAAUGUUAAAAGUAAAUGGUUUUUAGAAAUUUCACAUCAUGCACCACAUAUUCCAAUUGUAUUGGUUGGAACCAAAUGUGAUUUAAGAGGUUCAGGAAAACCAGAAAUUUCAAAUGCUGAGGCACAAUUAUUGGUUAGAGAAUUAGGCUUUAGUUGCUAUGUUGAAACCAGUGCUCUCACCCAAACUGGUUUAUCACAAUGUUUCCAAAUGGCAAUUAAUUCUACAAUCAAUGCACCAAAAUCAAAAUCAUCAUCUUCAAAUAAGAAAAGCUUCUUUUCAUCUUCAUCUUCAUCUAAAGAAAAGCCAAUGCCUUUACCACCAGUUAUGCCACCAGCCGGUAAAGCACCAUGGAUCGAUAUUAUUACAAGCAGUUAUGAUAAAGAAAUGAAAGAAACUUUAAAUAGUGAAACUUUUAGUGACGUUAAAUUUACAUUUGUUGAAGAAAGACCAGUAUUUGCUCAUCGUGUAAUUUUAUGUUCAGCAUCAGAAUUCUUUAGAAGAUUAUUUGACUUUACAUUGUCAUCAGACCAAGCAUCCUAUAAACUUUCCGAUAUUAAUGAUGGCAAGGUACCAGGAAUUCGUAGUAUGAUCGUUACUGACACUGAAAAGAAUGAUGAUGGUACUAAAUCAUCGGGUCAAUUUGUAGAGGUAGCCAUUGAAGGUUCCAUUAGCCGUCGUGUAUUCAAUAGAUUUAUAGAGUUCCUUUAUACUGGUAUUGUUCACUAUGUAGACAAAAACGAUCAAAUUCACGAAACCAUUACAUUAGGUGAGCUCUUCAAAUUUAGAUAUCUCGUUAGUGCAUGCAAGAAUAUUUUAUCAGGUAGUGAGGAUUUAAAUCCAAGUAUUGGUACCUUUUUAAAUGAUCAAUUAGGUGAAACUUGUAAAGAAUUAUUUUUCUCAAAGAAGCAACUUUCAGAUAUUCAAUUUAUUGUAGAGGGUAGAUCCAUUUUCGCUCAUAAGGCCUUAAUUUUUUCACGUUCAAGUGUAGUAAAUGCAUUAAUUGGUCGUAAUUUCAUAGAAAGAGAAGGUAAAGUCGAAAUGUCCGAUGAUAUUACUUAUGAUUGUUUCAUGGCUGUGCUCGAAUAUCUUUAUACUGCUCAUGCUCCAAUUGAAGAAGGUGAUAGUGUUGGUAUUUUAAUUAUGGCAAAUCGUUUCGAUCUUCGUCGUUUAGUAUCACUCUGUGAAUUAUAUAUCUCUAAAGAAAUUGAAAAAGCAACUUUUAUUGGUAUCUUUAGAUCAGAAUUAGAUAUCAUUGGUUUAUUAAUUUGUGCUCAAAGACACAAUGCAUCCCAAUUAGAAAAGUUCUGCCUCCAUUUCAUUUCAUCAAAUUAUCAACCAAUGCGUAGACGUAAAGAAUAUUCAUUAUUAGACGAUAAAACAAAGAAAUAUAUCGAAGAUCAUCAAUGGCCACCAAUCAAAUAUUUAGAAGAUUUAGAACAAUAUGAAAAAGAUAUGAGCAAUUAUAAAAAAGAAACUUCAAAAGGUUGGUUUAAAUAAAUAUUAUAAAUAAAAUAAUAAUAAUAAAAAAUAAAAAACAUAAUAGAAUAUUUGUAAAGUAAUCACAAUUAAUAUAUUGUGUGUAAAAAAUAAAAAUAAAAAAGAAAUAAUUGUUUUUUAAUAUCAUAAAAU